AAACAUGUUUUACACUUAUGUUAUAUUAGGGCUUCAGUGACUCUUGUAUAAAUAUCACAGGCGAAUUUUCUGAUUAUCCUCUGCGCGAAAACCCUAGCGGCUACAGAGAGCAAUCUCCGACUGAGAGUUUUCUGAUUUCGGAUCUUAAUCCAAUUAUGGCGGAUGUUGAGACAGAGGUGGCGGCGGCUGGACUGCCUAAGAAGAGGACAUUCAAGAAGUUCAGCUUCAGAGGUGUGGAUUUGGAUGCUCUCCUCGAUAUGUCCACAGAUGAGCUCGUGAAGCUCUUCCCUGCUCGUGCUCGCAGAAGGUUUCAGAGGGGCCUCAAGAGGAAGCCCAUGGCCCUGAUCAAGAAACUUCGCAAGGCGAAAAGGGAAGCUCCGCCCGGUGAGAAGCCAGAACCAGUCAGAACCCACUUGCGCAACAUGAUCAUCGUCCCUGAGAUGAUUGGAAGCAUCAUUGGGGUGUACAAUGGCAAGACAUUUAACCAGGUUGAAAUCAAGCCUGAAAUGAUUAGUCAUUACUUGGCUGAGUUUUCAAUCUCAUACAAGCCUGUUAAGCAUGGUAGACCUGGUAUUGGUGCUACCCACUCUUCGAGGUUCAUUCCUCUCAAGUGAAGUCUUUUUGGCAGUUAUGUUAUUUUUGUUCAUCAUAAUGUUUGGGAAAACAUUUACUUUGAUGAAAAAUAGCCAUUAAAGGUUGUGGACUUCUUAUGAAUUCAAGUCUGUUGGCACUUGCAGCUCGUAGGGUAAAUGAGCUGCUUUGAAUUGUUUAAUUUCAUAUGUUGAGGUGGUUUAAUUUAGUAACUCAGUCUGAAGAUGAUGGCUCUGUAUUUUUAUUUCCUUUUUCAAUCUUCA